CGCUUCCGGGACAAGAGCGUUAAGUUCAUUUUAUAAACUGGUAAGACUUUUUUGGCAGUAAAAGAUAUCCUUGCGGGAACGGGCAUUUUUAACUCUCGAUAAUUGGGUAGUUUAAACGAUACUGAUUUUGACUCUGUUCAUGGCAGUUUUCUCUUAACAUAAGGUUUGGUUAAAGCGUUUUAAUCAACCGGAAGAAGACGACGUCCACGCGCCCUCACACGGAACCGAGGACGUCCAGUCUCACAGUUCAAGAUGUCCUACUCAUCCCGAAGUUCCUCUCGUCCCUCAGACUGUAAGGUCUAUGUGGGUGAUCUUGGCAACGGUGCAGCCAAAGGUGAACUCGAACGAGCCUUCAGUUACUAUGGACCAUUACGGAGCGUGUGGGUUGCUCGGAACCCACCAGGUUUUGCCUUUGUUGAGUAUGAAGAUGCGAGAGAUGCAGAGGAUGCCGUAAAGGGGAUGGAUGGAAAGGUUCUUUGUGGAGCUCGUGUUCGAGUUGAAUUGUCAAACGGUAUGUCCAGAAAGUCUCGUUAUGGGCGCCCCAACCGCAGGCAAUUUGACCCCAACGACCGGUGCUACCAGUGUGGAGAAAGUGGUCAUUACGCUUAUGACUGCUAUCGCUUCAACAAGAGGCGUGGACGUCGCAGCAGAUCUGGAUCACGUUCUCGGUCUAGAUCUCGUGGUCGGCGCUACCGCUCCCACAGUCGUAGCCGUAGCAAUGAGAGGAAGUACCGUUCACCCUCAUACUCCAAACGCCGAAGCAGGUCAGGUUCCCCAGCCCGCUCUAGAUCCAGAACUCCUGUGCGUCGUUCUCGUUCACCUGUGCGCAGGUCCAAAAGCCCUGUCCGAAGAUCUAGAACCCCUGUCCGAAGAGACAGUCGUUCACGCUCUGCUUCCAGGCAGAGGGUUCGUAGUGUGUCCAGAUCCCGUUCUCGGUCUCGUUCAGUCAGCCACAAAAAAGACAGUCGUUCAAGGUCUCCCAGCCCAAGAAGAAGCCCAACACCAGGUGCUGACUGAUCGGAGUACUAAAAUCUCCCCCAUUUUCCACCUUUGCCUCAGGGCUGAAAUGAAUUUUAUUCCCCCUAUGAUUUCAGACUCGGUUCUACUGUAGCUGCCAAGCUCUUGUUCGUUUCAAUAAUAAAGCCCCCCAGCCUUGUAAAAAGAUCACUAUCAUCUCAAGCAGCUCAUGUACAUUUUUUUUCUUGACGUUUCCUCUUGUCACUUUCAGACAUUUUAAGCUCCAUUGUUUUUUAUUUCAGUGUUGAGCCAGCGUUCUGUGGUCAGUGAAUUGUGGGCAAGGUGGUGAAUGAGCUAUGUGAUUUAGUCAGUGUAAUGUAUGAGCUGAAGAGUAUGCUGUGAUUUGUUUGGUGUAGUUUGUUUUUCUUUUGCAUUGAAAAUGGCAAUGUUCUUUUUAAUAAAGCUUUACAAAUCCAA